AUGGCAGUUUCAAAAAUUAAAUCAAAACUUAAGGUGAAUCUUCUAACAAAAGUACCUGUCUCCCACAGAAGGAGGGAUAAAGAUUUACCAGGAUCUCUUCAAUGCCAAUCACAACACAGAGAAAAGAAGUUGAGUCAUUCACAAAUGGAAGCCUUCCAAGAUGCCUACAGCUUCUUCAACAAGGAUAAAACUGGUUGUAUUGAUUUACAUGGAAUGAUGUGCACUUUAGCUAAGCUGGGAAUGAAUCUAAGCAAGCAUGAUGUCAAUAAUGAAUUAAGAUGUGCUGAUAUUGAUGGAGAUGGGAAGGUAAACUUCUCAGACUUUAUAAAUGUGCUAACAGAUAAGGACCGCUUCCUCAGAGCUGUGGUUCCAGAAAAGGAGACCUGUUUAGAUGUAGCUGGCAAUCCAGGGAUCCUACUGUUUGAGAUCUUAUCAAAGCUUGUAGAGACUUCAGCCCUACCCAGAAAGGCUAUAAUGGAACUAGUAAACUAUUUCCAAAGAAAAUUCCAGGAUACCAGUGCAGAAAUACCAUGGAGUCUUAUGGGUUAUGGAAAAAGGAGACUUAAGCCAGACAUAUGCAUACCUCCAAACUCAAGCAUGGCUGCUUUUGCUAAUGCUGCCAAGGUUGCAAUAACAGAAGAAAAGGAUUUAUUUAAAUUUCUUGAAGAGCUCAAGAGAUGCAAUCCCCCUUCAGACAGUCCAUAUUCAAAAGUACCCAUCUUUCCGUUGUUUCCUAAUGUGGAUGGGAUGGUGAUAGGAAAGCCAUUCAAAGACAUACAGAAAUUAGAAAUGCUAAGGAGAAAAGAGCCUUUGAGUUUCUUUGAGAACUAUUUUUUCCAUAAAAAAGACUGGAAAACACAGGCAGCCAAUAUAAAGCCUAUUGACCCUGCCUCGGGUUAUUCAAAUGACAUCUUCGCCAUUGAUCAAAUACUCAAGAAAAAGCAGACUUGGACAGUGACUGAUGCAGCUGCUAUUAAACCACACGUGAAGAGAGCAACAGAUACCUAUCAUUUAGGAAUUGCCCUUGAGCACCGGAAAGAAAUGCUAAACCUUUGUCGGAAGAUCCGAGGGGAUCUGAUUGGGAUAGACACUAAAAAUGAGUCCUUUUAUGACACCUUUUCUACUUAUACAUGGUCCUGGAAUGUUUGCCAAGAAUUACUUUCUCCUAAGGACUUAAGGCCGUAUGAUGCUCACAUGUGUAGAAAUUCCUUCUACAACUCUGGAUUCUCUUCCUCAUCGGAUAUCAGUGAAUGUAACCCAGAGACAGGAAAAAGAAAACGGAAAGGUUUCAAAGGGUUUCGACAAUGA